UUUAACUCUACUUAUAGUUUGUUGUUCAUAAUAUUGAUCCGAGAUGGCAAUGCAGGCAAGACAACAACAGGAAGCUGUUGAAGUGGAGGAUGAAACCUUUGGCCCUAUGCCAUUGAAUCGCUUGGAGGCAAAUGGUAUUAGUGCUGCUGAUGUGAAGAAAAUGGAGGAGGCUGGAUACUUCACUGUGGAAGCAGUUGCAUAUGCACCAAAGAAAAGUUUACUUGCAAUCAAAGGCAUAAGUGAAGCAAAAGCUGAUAAAAUUUUGGCAGAAGCUGCUAAACUUGUACCGAUGGGUUUCACCACAGCUACAGAGUUCCACCAAAAGCGAUCAGAAAUCAUUCAAGUUACAACAGGGUCAAAGGAACUUGACAAACUUCUUCAAGGAGGUAUAGAGACAGGGUCCAUAACAGAAAUCUUUGGUGAAUUCAGAACAGGGAAGACACAGCUUUGUCACACACUUGCUGUAACUUGUCAGCUUCCUAUAGACAUGGGAGGGGGAGAAGGAAAGGCUAUGUAUGUUGAUACAGAAGGAACAUUUCGUCCAGAGCGUUUGCUUGCUGUAGCAGAAAGGUAUGGUCUGUCGGGCAGUGAUGUACUAGACAAUGUGGCUUAUGCCAGAGCUUACAACAGUGAUCACCAAUCACAACUGUUAAUACAAGCUGCUGCCAUGAUGGCAGAGUCAAGGUAUGCCUUGUUGAUAGUGGACAGUGCUACAGCUCUAUACAGAACAGAUUACUCAGGGAGAGGGGAGUUGUCAGCCAGACAGAUGCACUUGGCCCGCUUCCUUAGGAUGCUUCUUAGACUAGCAGAUGAGUUCGGAGUUGCUGUGGUGAUAACCAAUCAGGUUGUAGCACAGGUUGAUGGAGCUGCCAUGUUUACUGCUGAUCCUAAAAAGCCUAUUGGGGGAAACAUCAUAGCACAUGCUUCAACUACUAGGUUAUAUCUUAGAAAAGGGAGAGGAGAGACAAGGAUCUGUAAAAUUUAUGACUCUCCGUGUUUACCUGAGGCCGAAGCCAUGUUUGCUAUCAACGCUGAUGGAAUCGGGGAUGCCAAGGACUGAAGUGUUAUAAAUAACUGACAGGUGAUAAAGGACUGAUUACAGGUCCAAUCAGAAGUGUUCAGACACUGCGGGGACACCCAGCCCCAGAUUUCUCCAGAUCCUAGAAAAUGUGUAACUUCAGGAGAGAAGUGUACUAAGAACAGUGAGAAAUAAUGCUUUAUUACCUAGGAUCUCAGUGCACAUGUAAUGCAUUCAAAUGCUUGCACUGUAUGUUUUUGUUAUUUUUUCUUAUAAAUUACAUGUAUAUGUGCUAAAUAUGGUCUUUUGUUUGCUUUAAUGUAUUGAACAAUUUAAACAAGAUCUAGAUGUUCAUAUUAGCAGGUAUGUGCCAUAUGCAAAUGCUCUUGAGUUUUAGAAAUGGAAUGUUAUACAACAAUACUAUGAGCAAGCAUUAUUACUGUAUAAAGGGUUCUCCCCAAUUUUAUUUUCCUUAUUUUAUACCUGCUUACAAAUUUGCUAAACAAUUUGUGUUUUCCUUUAAAUAUUUGAGCCCUUUUGACAAGGGAGUAAGGUUCAAAAAUAAUUUUGCCCCCUUCGAAGAAGAGAGGGCAUAUUGCUUUGCUGCUGUCAGUCGGUCCACUUAGUUUCUGUUCAUUUUCUUCACAACCAUUGCGUAUACUGAAAUGAAAUUUGGUAUACAGAUUUAUCAGAUGAAUAUCUAGCUAAAGUAUUGUUUUGGGUACGAUCAUGCCAUUUUUUACAGAAUUAUGCCCCUUGGACUUAGAAAAAUUCCUAUUAUUUGCAGUUUCCGUUCAUUUUCUUUGCAGAGGUUGCACAUACUGAAAUGAAAUUUAGUAUACAGAUUUUUCAGAUGAAUAUCUAGGUCAAGUUCUGUUUUGGGUACGAUCGCGCUAUUUUUUACAGAGUUUUGCCCCUUGGACUUAGAAAAAUUCCUUUUAUUUGCAGUUUCCGUUCAUUUUCUUUGCAGAGGUUGCACAUACUGAAAUGAAAUUUAGUAUAAAGAUUUUUCAGAUGAAUAUAUUGGUCAAGUAGUUUUGGGUAUGAUUGCACCAUUUUUGACAGAGUUAUGGCCCUUUGGACUUAGAAAAAUUCCAAUUAUUUGCAGUUUCUGUUCAUUUUCUAUGCAGAGGUUGCACAUACUGAAAUGAAAUUUGGUAUACAGAUUAAUCAAAUGAAUAUCUAGGUCAAGUUUUGUUAGCUCUUCUGAGCCAAAGGCUCAAAGAGCUAAUGCUAUGGCCAUUUGUGCGGUGUGCAUCGUGCGGUGUGCGUUAACUUUUUAGAAUAUGGGCCAUAACGCAAGAACCCCUUGGCCAAUCAUUGUCAAAUUUGUCACAGGGUAUCCUUGGCCCAAGGGCUACCAUUUAUACUAAAACUAGGGGUGGGACCCUAAAACAAGGGGAGAUAAUCAGGAAAAUGAAACCAAAAGUACUGGUUGCUAAAGAAUCUUCUCCUCCAGAACCACCAGGCAGAUUUUCACCAAACUUACAUACAAGGGUCAGGAUAUGUUGAAGAUUAAAAAUUGUUCAAGGCAUCACCCUGGGGCAAAGGGUGUGGUCUCAAGGUCACUUCAAAGUUGACAAAAAUUUACACGUAAUAAAAACGUUGAUAUUUUGCUUACUAUAAAGACUAGGAUCAUCAAAUCUUGUAAGUUGAUGCAUCUUAGGACUUCACAUCGUGUUAAUACAAAAGUAGGUCACGGUGACCUACUUUUUAAAUUUUACGGGCUUUUGUUUUCAAAUUGAUUUUGAGGCAUAUUUUGGACACUUUAAGGCCUAUGAUUAUUAAACUUUGUCAGUUGGUGCAUAUUGGGUCCACAAACAACAUUAACUUAAAUGUAGGUCAUCGUGACCUACUUUUUGAAUUUUAUGGGUAAUCUUUUGUAAAACAUUUAAUCCCAUUAUUUCAGACACCGAGAGGUUUAGAAUCACCAAAUUUUGUUAGUUGAUGCAUCUUGGGGCCUUAAGACAUAUUUAUUAAAAAGUAGGUCA